CGCUGGCUGGUCUCGGCUGCAGGGAUGGGCUGGAACUCCACAAAAGGAAGCUGUUCAAGAGUGGUCACGUGAGUUCUGUGUUCCGCAGGUGAAGGAAAUUGCAACUGCUGUCUCCAAAAAGAAACCUCUCUGGGAACUUUCAGAGCAGGCGAAGAGUCUGAGUGUAAGAAAGACGAACAGACCAGUGAGAAAGGUGAGCCUUUUUCUUGGACAUCAUAAAACCCAGGAAUGCACUGAGUCUGUAGGUCACUGUCUUCAGAUACUUCAAAAAAAUAUGGUGGCAAGAAAGAUCAGUGUGUGGAAACAAACAUGGGCCCUAUUUUGCAAGAACUUGCUUAAAAAAAGGAGAAUGAAAAGGGAUACUGUGAUGGAAUGGUUUUACUCAGCAUUCUUACUUGUGGCCUUGUACACUUUUUCCACAAUUCCUGAUGGUGAUGACUUUUCAUCAAAUCAUUCUGUGGAGCUGGGACGCAUAGAUUCAUUCAAACAUCCCACAUUCGUGGUUGCAUAUGCACCAUUCAACCAAACAAUGAGAAAGAUAAUGAAGAAAGCUUCCUCUGCCUCCUCCAUGACGGGAAUAAAAAUAAUAGCUCUUCACGACAAAGAAAAUAUGACAGAAUUAAUUUCUAUUCCCCAAGAAGAUGUAGUGAGAGUUGUAUUUACCAAUCCCUUCUCUUAUCAUCUGAAGUUCCUCCAAGGAUUUCGGAACCCAACCAUGCUAAAGCAUCGAGACCAUUCAGCUCACUGCUAUGAAUUUGGGGACAGCCUUGACUGCAGCACUAUGCAGUUCCAGACGAAAAUUUUUGUGGCUCUUCAAGCUGCUAUAAACGCUGCUAUUAUAGAACUCACGACAAAUCACUCCGUGAUGGACGAGUUGAUGGCAGUUACUGGAGAGCACAUGAAGCUAGAUUCCUUCCUUCGUCAGGAGGGAACGAUCAUGAACCUCUUCAUGUUUACCUGCAUUACUUGUUUCUCCCCGUUCACCUACUACGUCUCAGUUUAUGUCACAAGAGAAAGGAAGAAAAUGAAGGGUUGGAUGACAAUAAUGGGCCUCCGUGAUCCAGCAUUCUGGUUCUCCUGGGCUUUGCUUUAUGCUGGUUUUGUUCUCAUUUUGGCCUUUUUCUUGGCACUUAUUACAAAAUCAGUCCAAUUUGUCAUCCUGACUGGCUUCACAGUGGUCUUCAGCCUCUUUUUCUUCUACGGACUGUCUUUGAUCACGUUGACUUUCCUGAUGAGCGUGUUGCUGAAGAAGUCUUUCCUCACCGGCUUUGUUGUGUUCCUUUUCACGGUCGUAUGGGGGCUCCUGGGGCUCCUGGCACUGUACAGACACCUUCCUGCAUCUUUGGAGUGGACUUUCAGUCUGUUUAGCCCUUUUGCCUUCACAUUUGGAAUGUCCCAGCUCUUACAUGUGGAUUUCGAAAUGAGUUCUAAGGAGGACUCAACGAGUGACUCAAAUCUAAUUAUAGCUACAAUUUCCAUGUUGUUCCUUGAUGCUUUCUGCUAUCUGGCAUUGACGUUUUACUUUGAAAAAAUUUUGCCAAAUGAAUACGGACGUCGACAUCCACCUUGGUUUUUCCUGAAAUCCUCAUUUUGGAAUCAACAAAAAACACCUGAUCGUGUGGCCCUCGAGGAUGAAACAGAGGCUGAGUUUUCUAAUGAGGCUUUUGAAGCCGUGUCCACAGAAUUCCAUGGGAAGGAAGCCAUCAGAAUCCGAAACCUUACAAAAGAAUAUAGAGGAAAGCCUAAAGGUGUGGAAGCUCUGAAAGAUCUCACAUUUAACAUCUAUGAAGGGCAGAUCACCACAGUGCUUGGUCACAAUGGAGCUGGCAAAUCAACACUGCUCAACAUUCUUACUGGGAUGUGUGUUCCUACCAAAGGUUGGGUUGCUAUUUAUGACAAUAAACUUUCUGAAAUGACUGAUUUAGAAAAUAUCAGCAAGCUCACUGGAGUCUGUCCACAAGUGAAUGUACAAUUUGACUUCCUCACUGUGAGAGAAAAUCUCAGGCUGUUCGCAAAAAUAAAAGGAAUUCAGCCGCAUGAAGUUGAUAAUGAGGUGCAAAGAGUUUUGCAGGAAUUGGAGAUGAAGACUAUUCAGGAUAGUCUCGCUGAGAACUUAAGUGGGGGACAGAAAAGAAAACUCACCUUUGGGAUUGCCACUUUGGGAGAUCCUCGGAUUUUCCUCCUGGACGAGCCCACAGCAGGGCUGGACCCCUUCUCCAGGCAUCGCAUCUGGAACUUUCUGAAAGAGCGUAAAGCCGACCGCGUGAUUCUCUUCAGCACCCAGUUCAUGGAUGAGGCAGACAUCCUGGCCGAAAGGAAAGUGUUUCUCUCCCAAGGGAGGCUGAAGUGUGCGGGCUCUUCCUUGUUUCUGAAGAAGAAAUGGGGAAUUGGCUAUCACCUGAGUUUGCAGCUCGAUGAAACAUGUGUUCAUAAAAGAAUUACAUCACUUGUUAAACAGCACAUCCCUGAUGCCAAACUGUCAGCAGAGAGGGCAGGAAAACUUACGUAUACGUUGCCUUUGGAAAGAACAAAUAAAUUUCCAGAUCUUUAUAGGGAUCUGGAAAGCUGUACCGACCUAGGAAUUGAGGAUUAUGGUGUUUCCAUGACCACACUGAAUGAGGUGUUCCUGAAAUUACAAGGGAAACCUGACCUUGACCAACCAGACAUUGGUACUUUGGAAGAUGUACAGGCUGAAGGGACAAGAGACACAGGGAGGCUCUUUGAGACUGAAGAAGCUGCCUUCUCACCUAAUGGGAUGUACAAGACAAAAACUGGUAUGGCUCUCUUGUGGCAGCAGGUGUGUGCAGUUGCCAGGGUUCGCUUCUUGAAGAUCAAGCGGGAAAAGAAAGUUCACUUCACACUGGUACUGCUUCUCAUAGGUGGACUUCUGCAUAUCUUGACAGCAUAUCUUCGCAAGAUAGUCUCUCGAGAUGACCACUUCUGGGGACUGUCUCCGCAGAUGUACUUCCUUACUCCUGGCCAACGACCCCGGGACCCUCUCUCUAGCUUGCUGAUCAUCAAUAAGACAGGAGCAAGCAUUGAUGGCUUUAUACAUUCAUUGGAGAAACAGAACAUAGCUUUGGAAGUGGAUGCAUCUGGGACCAGAGAUGGCACCGAGGAGCUGUCCUACAAUGGAGCCAUCACUGUGUCAGGUGACAGCACGAAUCACCGCUUCUCACUGGCCUGCAAUACCAGGAGACCGAACUGCUUCCCAGUUCUCGUGGAUGUUGUGAGUAACGGGCUCCUCGGCACGCUCGCCCCGUCGGCGCGCAUUUGCACCCACAGGAGCAGCUAUCCCAGGGUGGAAGCACAAAGCUACCAGUUUAGUAAUCUCGUCCUUCUCAUCUUGUGGAUCACCUUGAUGCCCUCCCUUUCUCCUUCUAUUUCCAUGACCAGCGUUGAUGACUAUAAGAACAAAGCUCAGUUCCAGUUGUGGAUUUCAGGCCUGAUCCCUUCUGCUUACUGGUUUGGACAGGCUCUGGUUGAAGUUGGAAUCUACUUAUCACUCAUUUUAUUGAUGUAUGUAGCAUUCUAUGCCUUAAAACUCCAAGGGGAUAUAUAUACUACUGCUGAUAUAUUUAUUCAGAUUCUAUAUAUUGUUGGCUAUUCCCUAUCAAUUAUCUUCAUGACAUAUGUGAUUUCAUUCAUUUUUCGUGGUGGGCGAAAAAACAGUGGCAUCUGGUCGUUUUGCUUCUAUUUUGUCACGGUGGUUUCCACAGUUUUUAUGAUUGAUUUCUUUAAGGAGACAUCACAGUUUUGGGCCAGUAUCUUCAUUCCACCUGCCACCUUGGUUGGCUGCACACUGCUGCAUUUUGACAACCGUGUAAGUGUAUAUUCUGGCACCAAUUCUACAGAGCAAGAGAAGAAAGAUGACUUUCUGGUGUUCCUAGUGUCCUAUGUUCACUUUAUGAUCUUUCUUGUUACUCUUCGAUGUCUGGAAUGGAAGCUUGGAAAUAAAACAAUGAGAAAGGAUCCUAUUUUCAGGAUUUCUACAAGAAGCAGUAGAGUGUUUCACAAUCCAGAAGACCCGGAAAGGGAGGAUGCAGACGUUCAGCUAGAAAGAGUGAGAACUGCAAAUGCUCUGACUUCUCCAAACUUUGAGCAGACCCCUGCCAUUAUUGCUAGCUGUCUUCGCAAGGAGUACACAGAGAAGAAAUGCCUCUUUUUUAAGAAAAAGAAGAAAAUAGCAACAAGAAAUGUCUCCUUCUGUGUUAGAAAAGGUGAAAUUUUAGGAUUAUUGGGACAUAAUGGAGCUGGUAAAAGCACAUGCAUUAGGAUGAUAACUGGAGAGACAAAACCAAGUGCCGGACAGGUGCUGCUGAGAGGGAGCAACGAGGCCGACCCCCUGGGCUUCCUGGGGUUCUGUCCUCAGGAGAAUGUGCUGUGGCCCAACCUGACUGUAAGGGAGCACCUGGAGGUGUUUGCCGCCGUGAAGGGGCUGAGCAAGGCGGAUGCCCCGGAGGCCAUAGCACGGUUGGUGGAGGCGCUCAAGCUGCAGGCCCAGCUGCAGGCAACUGUGAAGACCUUGUCAGAGGGAAUAAAGAGGAAGCUGUGCUUCGCGCUGAGCAUCCUGGGAAACCCAUCGGUCGCGCUUCUGGAUGAGCCGUCCACAGGGAUGGACCCCGAGGGCCAGCAGCAGAUUUGGAGAGCAGCCCGGGCCACUUUUACAAACACAGAGAGGGGCGCCCUCCUGACGACCCACUACAUGGCAGAGGCCGAGGCCGUGUGUGACCGUGUGGCCAUCAUGGUGUCCGGAAAGCUGAGGUGUAUUGGCUCUAUCCAACACCUGAAGAGCAAAUUUGGCAAAGAUUAUCUGCUGGAGAUGAAGGUGAAGACCCCCGCCAACGUGGAGCCCCUCCAUACAGAAAUCCUGAGGCUCUUCCCCCAGGCAGCUCGGCAAGAAAGGUACUCUUCUUUGAUGGUCUAUAAAGUGCCGGUGGAGGAUGUUCAGCCUUUAUCACAAGCCUUCUUCAAAUUAGAGACAGUUAAACAGAGCUUCGAAGUGGAGGAGUACAGCCUCUCGCAGUCCACCCUGGAGCAGGUGUUUCUUGAGCUCUCUAAGGAGCAGGAGCUGGGUGAUUUUGAUGAGGAACUGGAUUCUACCAUGAAGUGGAAACUCCUCCCACCGGAAGAGGCUUGAAGCUCCUCCCACCAGAAGAGGCUUGAUGCUUCAUAGAGCUGUUUUUCUUUAUGCUUAUAACUUUUUCAUAUCAAUAACAUGCCUUACCUCAGAUAUAGCACAGAGGACUUUUGAAACUCAUGCUGUGACUUUUCUCCUGAUGUUACUAAUAGGGGGGCAGGUGAGGACAGUCAGUGAGACACGUGACAGAGCCUGAGAUUGGGCCAGACCAUGCACAACCCAUGUUGUGUUGAAUUAAAAUAGCACUGAUGAUAACUUGUUUACGUGGCUGAGGAUGGUAGCAGAGACAACUUGCCCUUCUUUCCCUGAACUUCACAAUUUUGAAUAGCUUCUUAUAUUUCUGAUUACGUAAAAGUCAGACAUAAUAUUAAUUUUAGAAGAAAGACGAUGAACUGAUACCCUGGCAGCAUGGUCUUUGUUUCUUGCAAUUCUAUAUUCUAAGACUUUCUUUUGUGACUAUAAAGCAAAUUCAAAGCAUGUUAAGGCAAAUAUUUGGGAUAAGUAUUUGAAUGCUCAGGUUGGUGAAUAUUUUACAGUAUAUAUUUUACAUGCAAAUAAAAUAUUGAACUGUUUACCUAAUAUGAGAAACCCAAUAUAUGCAUCAAUGAAAGAGAAAAAUAAAGGACAGAUGAUAAGAAACACAGAGAUAGACUCUGUGGAGGUGGGGAGAGGCCCAGGGGGUGGGUCAGAAAGGAAGGAGAUGAAGCUGAGGAGGAAUCAAGGACCAAGAUG